AUGUCAAAGAUUGACAUCUCCCCUCACGCUGAACGUCGUGGUUCGAGUUCCCCGGAGAGUGACAAGAGUUCAAGCAACGUCGAGCAUAACGCGCGAUUCCAUCGCUUCUCCGAACGAUUCUGUCAGUUCAUGGGACACACUACACUGCAUGGAGUGGCCUACGCGUCAGACAAAUCCAGUUCCUGGCAACGAAGGUUAAUCUGGAGUAUAUGUGUUGUCUCAGGUGCCGUCUUUUUAGUUUUUGCGCUCAAUGCGCAAAUAUACAUUUAUCUGGGAUAUCCGACAGAUGUGAUAACGUCGAUAGAAUUCCCAUCGUUUGUCACAUUUCCAACGGUUACUGUUUGCAAUUACAACCAAUAUCGAAAGUCUGUCAUUAAUGGGACACAGUUUGAAGCAUUUUUGUGGAAACUACAUCCAAUCACCGGAUUUGGCCCGGACCUUAACAUAAGCUACGAUUGGAGUGUUCUGGAAAAUGAACCGGCGUUCAUAAAUCGUACAGAAUUUGAGCUAGUAUCAUCUCAUCAAUUGAAAGACAUGAUUUUGAAAUGUCAAUUUGUCGAUGACGAUAAGCGUGACUGUAGAUGGAAUGAUUUUACUACUGUCUUCACGGAAUAUGGAGUUUGUUAUUCAUUCAACAUCGACUGGCUUAACCCAUUAUUGACAUCACAAUCUGGGUCAAACUCAGGAUUACACUUGCGGAUAAGUGUAGAGAAGAACGAGUACACGGUCGGUCCUCGUACUGGUAGCGGAAUAAUGGUAAUACUAAACGAGCCUGGCCGGGUAACGUUCGGUCGAAGUUCGGUAUUGUCCGUUGCACCAGAUUCGGUAUCAAGACGAUCUCGAGAGUUUCACUGUACCCUGCCGUGUGAGCUGACAGCUUACAACCCACGUGUUACUUUCGCGCAAUUCCCAUCGCCGUCUAUUAUUGACCGUGUAACAGACAUGUACGAUGUGACUGAGGAUGUAUUGACCAACAAUAUUGUUGACCUAAAAGUAUUCUUCGAAGAACUUGUGCACAAGCAAAUAAUGUUGGUUCCAGCUGUAUCUCCAUGGUCACUUGCUAGUAGUUUUGGUGGCUUGAUGGGACUAUGCCUGGGUGUGAGUGUUUUGACAAUUAUGGAGUUCCUUGAUUUCUUCCUUAUCUACGUUUUUCAGCGAUCAGUUUGGAUUAUUCUUGUGAUUAGCUGUGCAAUAUGUCUAUUCGUAUUUCUAUUUGUGCAAGUUCAAUCAUAUUUUAACUACCCGGUGGACACGUUGACAUUACUUCAAUUUCCACGAUCAUUAACCUUUCCUACAGUCACUAUAUGUAAUCAAAACAGAUAUAGAAAAUCAGUUAUUAAUGGGACUGCGUUUGAAGAACUCCUUUGGCGCAUAUACCCAGUUGUCGGUUUCGGUCCACGCCUGAGUGACAGCUAUAACUGGACUCUAUUGGAGAAUGAUCCUCUACUAAAGAACCGUACAGAGUUUGAGUUGACUGCAGCCCACCAAUUAGAAGACACAAUUCUAAAAUGCCAGUUCUUUAAUUCUGCGGAUAUCCAUGCGUGCGGUCCGGAAAAUUUCACAACCGUCUUCACAGAGCAUGGCGUUUGCUACUCUUUCAACAACGGACUUGACAACCUUCUAAAUACUUCGUUAACGGGCUCUAACUCUGGGUUACACGUGCAGAUUAAUGUUCAGAAAAACGAGUAUACCAUCGGUCCAAGAACUGGCAAUGGGAUAACGGUAAUUCUGAGUGAACCUGGUGCUGAUAUCACCGGCGUAAAUACGGAACUGUCCAUUGCUCCGGGUACUGAAGCUAUGGUUGCAAUGUCUUUGGAGAAGUUUAUUUUUUUAAGAUCGCCCUUCCACACCCAUUGCACCACAGGAGAAACGAGUUACUAUCCAAUUUAUUCCUAUCAAGGAUGCAUGAAUGAAAAGUUGGCCAAACAAAUGACAGAGACGUGUAACUGCAAAGAUAUAUCAUUACCAGGACCCGCCCGUGUUUGUACAAUUCGAGAGUACAUAGAAUGUGCUUUUCCACUGAAAGUUUCUAUCACGUCAACUGAUGUCGGCUGCAACGUGGCAUGUAAUGUGAUAUUUUAUAACCCACGUGUUACAUAUGCCUACUUCCCGUCCCCAUCAAUUAUACAAAGAUUAUUUGAUGUGUAUGGGACAUCAGAAGAAACCGUCAAAAACAAUUUUAUUGACAUCACAAUUUACUAUACAGAACUGGCAUACAGAGAAACAAAAUUAGUUCCAAAAAUGUCUGGUUGGUCCCUGUUAAGUAGUUUUGGUGGUGUGAUGGGUCUAUGCAUCGGAGCAAGUGUUCUAACUGUGAUAGAGUUCAUUGAUUUUCUCCUCAUGAGUAGCAGCGAGUUAAAUGAGUUAACAUAUCGACGGGAUUCCAUUCGAACAGAUAUAGUAGUAACGGAAGGGAACGAUGGAAAUAAAUCUACAGCCGGGCUGAACACAACCACUGCUAUGAAUACACAAACAGCUUUUUCUGCCAAAUUGUCGCAAUUCAUGGGUAGAACUACAUUGCAUGGAGUCGCCUUUACAGUUGGUCCGAAUAAUUCCUGGAAACGAAGAUCUGUUUGGAUAUUUCUUGUGAUCGUCAGUGUAGUAUUUCUCUGUUUAUGCCUGUUCUCGCUAGUUGGAUUAUAUUUGACCUACCCAGUAGACACAAUGACGUCACUUCAGUUUACACAGUCAUUAACAUUUCCUACUGUAACUAUAUGUAAUAAAAAUAGAUACAGAAAAUCCGUUAUCAACGGCACUGCGUUCGAAGAAUUCCUUUGGAGCAUAUACCCACUUGCUGGAUUUGGUCCACAAUUACAUGUCAACUAUAACUGGAGCUUGUUGGAGAAUGAUCCUGCACUACAGAACCGUACGGAGUUUGAAUUAACUGCAGCCCACCAACUAGAAGACACAAUUCUCAAAUGCCAGUUCGUUAAUUCAGAUGACAAGCAUGAGUGUGGUCGGGAGAAUUUCACAACUGUCUUCACAGAGCAUGGCGUAUGUUACUCUUUUAACAACGGACUUGACAACAUUCUAAAGGCAACUUCAACGGGCUCUAGUACAGGAUUACAUAUGCUGAUCAAUGUUCAGCGAAUCGAGUAUACCAUUGGUCCAAGGACUGGCAUCGGGAUAACGGUAAUUCUGAGUGAACCUGGUGCUGAUAUCACCGGUGAAAAUACGGCACUAUCCAUUGCUCCGGGCGUAGAAGCUCUCGUUGCCAUGCCCAUGGAUAAGUAUCUUUUCCUAAAGGCGCCCUACCAAACUAAUUGUUGUACAGAAGGAACGAGCUAUUACCCGGUCUAUUCUUACCACGGCUGCAUGAAUGAAAAGAUGAGCAAUGAGAUGGCUGAGAAAUGUAAUUGUAAAGAAAUAGAAUUACCGGUUUCUAACGCCCUAACAAAUAUUGACUGCAACGUCCCAUGCAACUUUACAUUGUACAACCCACGCGUAACGUAUGGCCACUUCCCGUCCCCAUCGAUUAUACAAAGAUUAUCUGAUAUGUAUGGAAUAUCGGAGGAGAGUGUCAAGGACAAUUUUAUUGAUAUCAUGAUUUUUUACACAGAACUGACAUACAAAGAAAUACAAUUGAUUCCCGCAAUGUCAGUUUGGUCCCUUUUUAGCAGCUUUGGUGGUCUAAUGGGACUAUGUAUCGGAGCAAGUGUGCUAACGUUAGCAGAGUUCAUCGAUUUUUCGCUUUCGUUUGUUUUUAGACACUACCGCUAG